AUGGGUAGCUGUUUCAGCACACAAGAAUUUUCCCGGAAAAACUCCAAGAAGGAACACGCCUUCAUCAAACUACGACUCAUAUGCGAUUUUUGUAGCAUCGAGAAUCCCUGCUACUGGCCCAGAAUUUUUGGAGACCGGUGGAUGUCCGUCGACGAGGAAUACAUGCGCGCGAACCCGCAAAUCUUUCCUACUGUCUCCCAAAAGCAAGGAAUAGUGAUUGGCUUGCUCGAGCUGCAUGGCUCAUUCUGUCUGUGGAAUGAUGAGGGAACGAAGACUCUGGUAAAGUACUUGGAACUGGCGGAUUUAGUACAAGUAUGGGAUAGACCGUCGGAUAAGACUUGCGUAGGAGAGUUACGAGGGCUCAUGGAAAAGCUUGCAGAGGCUAAUGUCGAAGUCAAGCUCUCGCCCCCGGGGAUAUGA